CCGCGUCACUGUUACUGUUAGUUACGUGUUCAUGGUUACCUAUGAAGUUGUGUUUUGUGGAAGACUUUCAGAAGUGAUAUGACUAGAUAGUAUGCAACAACUACUCCUGAUUGUUGAAGGUUAUUCAAGUAAAUUAAAGCAUUUGUAUGACUAAUUAAAGAGACUAUUUUAUCUCAAGUUUCAGCUGAAAACGUCAAUGUCAUCAAAGAAAGAAGAGAGCCAGCCUGAAAAGGAGAAUCUUCAUGUCUCUUUGAAGGAACGAACAUUUCAUAAUGACAACAGACUUCCAAAUCUUCCUAUUCCAACACUUCAUCAGACUUUGCAGAAAUAUCUGGAAUCAGUACAGCCUGUUGUAUCUGAUGAAGAGUACUUGAAGACAAAAACAAGUGUGGCUCAGUUUGAACAAGGACUUGGCAGACAUCUUCACUGUAAACUGAUGGAGAAAACAAAACACAUGAGAAACUGGCUAGAGAAGUGGUGGGAGGAUGUGGCAUACCUGUCCGUACGACUUCCUCUGGUUCCAUGUAUGAGCAUGGCUUCCACCUAUCAUCUGCAUGAGAUUUGGCCAUCAUUACAAGGUUGUCAGAUUGAUCGAGCUGCACUUUUCAUGUAUUUCCAGAUAUUAUUCUGGAAGCUGUUGAGGACGGAACAGUUAAAGCCUCAUCAUUCCCAUGACAUUCCUUGGAGUAUGCACCAGUGGAGGAGAUUGUUCAACACUGCUCGUAUACCAGGAGAAACUAAAGACUCAAUUCAUUGUAAAUUCACAAUUGAAUCGGAAGGACCUGUUGGACCAGUAAAUAUUUUGGUUCUUUGUCGAGGGCACAUUUUUACUUUUGAUGCUGUUGACCACCUAGAGAGGCCACUCUCACCACCUGAACUAGCUCAGCAACUUUCUUUAAUUAAACAGUGGUGUGAGUUGCAUCCAGAAGGACCAGGCCUAGGAGCUCUGACAGUUGCAGAUAGGACAACCUGGGCUAAGAAUCGACAGUGGUUAAUAAACAUCCAUCCUGACAAUGAACUGUAUCUUCAAGAGAUUGAAGAUGCUAUUUCAGUGCUUGUAAUAGAUGAAAAUGAACCACAAACAGAAACUGAGGCAUUACUGGAAAGUUUAACUGGCAAUUGCUUCAACCGUUGGGCUGACAAGUCUGUCACAAACAUCUUCUUUAAUAAUGGAAGGCUCGGGUUCAGUGCAGAUCACACUCCAUUUGAUGGGCUUGUGACUAUGGUUAUGAGUCAUUAUAUUCAUUUAGCAAUUGUGGAAUGUGGAGGAAUUUGGAAGGGUAAGAAAACAGUGAAAACCUUGAAAGCUCCUAAAAGAUUGGAGUUUCAUUUGAACAAACACAUAAAUAGAGCAAUAAAGCAGGCACAUGAAGAGUUUCAGGUACAAGCAGCUGAUGUUUUUUGUCAUCAUGGAAUCUUUACACUUUAUGGAAAGGAUUUUCUACGUCCUCACAACUUUCAUCCUCAAGCAUUUUUCCAGAUAGCUCUGCAUUUAGCCUACUACAGGCUUCAUGGACACCCUCCUUCAACAUAUGUCACUGCAUCCACUCGUCAGUUUUAUCAUGGAAGAACAGAAACCUGUCGAUCAUGUGUUCCAGAAGUGGUGGAAUUUGUGAAGUCAGUAGAAGAGAAGGCUGAGGAUAAACCACCUAGGGAACAAAUAAAACUGUUACGAAGGGCAGUAGAAAAGGUUGACAAAUUAAUGAAAGAGGCUUCUGAAAAUCAUGGUUGUGACAGACAUUUGUUAGGUCUCUACAUGAUUUCAUUAGAAGAAGGUUUCCAAACUCCUGACAUUUUCACUGAUCUUUCUUGGACCAAAAGUGGUGGGGGAGGAAAUUUUAUCUUGUCCACUAGCUGUGUUGGUUACACCCCAGUAUGUGGCUGUGUGAUGCCAAUGCAUGAAGAUGGUUAUGGUGUAUUCUACAGUAUUGAAAAUCACAGGAUGACUGUUAUUACAACUACCUUCAAGCAUUCUGGAAAGACUGAUCCCAUUAAACUUUUUUACAGCCUUGAGAAUUCCUUAGAUGAUAUACAACGUCUUAUGACAAAGACAGCAAAGUUGUGAAAUGAAUGACUAUGUUGUUUAUGUAUUAUUUCGGGUUGUCAGUAGAUGCUUCAGUCAGAACAGAUGUUUGAAAUAUAUAUACAUUGUAGCUAAGUAUAUUAUGAUAUUUUUAUGAUUGGGCAACAUUAGUUUCAUAUUGUAUUUUAUUUUUUUAUUAUAAUAAUACUAAUUCAGUUUUUAUGAAAGCAUAGUUGCAAAAAAAAAAAGUUUUAUGCACAAAUUGUAUAACAAGGUAGUUGUGCUUUGGUCUAUUAACUAGGACUGCAUUUAGAGUAAAAUGUGCCUAUGACCACUCCCUUCAAAAUGUUUACCAAGUCGUUGUCGCAAGUCAUUUUUACAGUUUAUGACUAGACAGAUUUUAGUCAUGUUAAACAUUGUUAAGAAUGACCUAAUUCUUCUUAUUGUUAUAAAAAUCGAACAAUAAUUUUACUUGACCCACAGCCACAUUCUCUUUUUGUAAUAUGAAACCCACCUAUUUCUACAUAUCGUUGUCUCUUUCUGUCUCCCUACAACACACAGAGGAAGAAAUUUUAGAGCCUGAAGUGUGGACUUUGUAAGCCAAUUAGUAAAGGUGGUUUUGCUCUUAAUGUGAUUUCAAUUUUUAUAAAUGAGAAGUUGCAACUUAGCAAGAAAUAAGAUAUAAUUAGUUAGAUGUGACUCAAGAAAUACCAGAAAUUAAUGGGUGAACCCCUUUUUCCUUUUUUUUUUGUUGGUUCUUUUGCAUGUUGAUGUGCCAGUAUUUAACUAUAUUUAUAAAAUAAUAUAUUCGAAGGUACAUUGUAACUACCUUAUUGUAGUCAUCUUCAUGAUGAAUUUUUUAUAUGAUUGUAAUGACUAACUUGUUGAAAAAAAAGACCAUUAGUUGCUCUUAUGAGAUCCAGUGACAUAGCCAGAUGGGAAAUUUUGGGUGGGCUAGGAGAUACAAUGUACAGACAGAAGGUGUACAAACCCUUGGAGACAAGUUACAGGGAGCUAUAAAAAGAGGACAACAAAUGACAUGUUCAGAUGUCGGACCCAUCAAGCAGACUUUGAUUGCAUGGGUCUUAGUGCAGAGCGGGUUUGCCACAGGUGAGGUUAUGUACAUGGUAGUUCUACUUGAUUUGUUGAGUUUGGUUGUCAGAAUUAAGUCAUGUUCAGAUGUCGGACCCAUCAAGCAUACUUUGAUUGCAUGGGUCUUAAUGCAGAGUGGGUUUGCUACAGGUGAAGUUAUGUACAUGGUAGUUCUACUUAAUUUGUUGAGUUUGGUUGUCAGAAUUAAGUUCUGGUCACAGAUAUUUGAAAUAGUGACUUGUAUGAUUGUAAGCCAUGUAGGUACAAUAGAUGUACUUUUUUAAGAAUUGAUCAAACACUGUGGGUCUCUUCACUUUAGGGUCUAAGCACCUUUUGAAAUCCAAUUUUCUGUGUUAGUGGUUAAACAAGAUGUAAUUUUUUAGUGAUUAACAUGUUUAGACAAAGUAUUUCUGUUUGAAUGAUUAAAAACAGUUGAGAUCUCUUACCAGACUACAACUCUUCAUAAUAUGCAUUGUGCAAAUUAUAGAAUUUUUACAGGCAGCAACUGAUGGAUGUCAAAUGAAUCUACAGCCUCAUCGGGCAAAAAAAAAAUCAUCAACGUUUAACAUUGGUAGUGUUUGUUGAAUACAAUGGGUUGUAAUGUAAAUUUAGAUUGUCAUCCUUCAUUUACAGCAUUUUAUACCAAAUUAUCAUUCCAGCUAAAAGGAACACGUGAUUAAAGGGCAACUGAUCUCUUUGUUUUAAAGUAUUCAUAAACAACAUGAUAGGUAUUGUGGUGAAACCUUAUGGUUAUGGUUAUAAACAAUGAAGAUCAUAUAUUAUCAUAUUGCUUAAUUUGUAAUAAAAAAAUACUGCAUCUAUAUCUGCUUUUUUGGGGAAUUUUGUUUCAGAAGAUAAAGUUUCAAACAUUACUAUUUGGGAUGGAGCUUGAGGGAAGUAAUGUAGUUGAAUAAAUCAGUCAAAUGUUUCUCAAUUCAAUCGAGGCAGUUCUUAGAAUUUAUUGAAUUUUUUCUACCUUCAAAUUUAAAAAUAUCCAAAAUAAGUUCUGAAUUUUGGAUCUCAUUGUGGUGAUAUCGUAGGAAGCUUGAAACUGUAGAUAAUUAAAAAUUUAUUUUAAUUAGAUCAAAUAGCGAUUAUAACUUUUACUAGACUAAGGAUAGCAGUUCUUAUUUUGCUGCAUCCAACACUAAUAAAGUCCGCAGAUUGCAAUGCUUCUAAAUAACAAAAACUUGGACUUCAACUUUAUACUAUAUGAUUAAAAUUUCAAGUACAAGACGCGGCAUGAUGCUCAACUCCUUUGGCUUCAAAUAUUCAACUGUGGUAGGCUUAAAUAUCAUUGAAAAUUAAAAGAAACUAGCCAUUUUUGCAGGA